AUGCGGAAGAUGCGAGGGGACGCAGAUCGCGUCAGGAGGCUCGUCGCCGAAACGGAGGAUUCUCUGGCUCGUAUGAUCCUCCUCGUCCGGCAUGUGCCGGUGGACAUUGAACGCUGGGAUGCUCGGCACGGAGAUCCUCCGGGGGUGCCCCUUGGACAUAAGGAUGCCGCCGUCCAAAUCGAUCCUUCGACCGAGAAGGAGGAUAGUAUACCUCUCGAGGACGACCAAGGGCUGGAUGACACUCGAGAGGUCACAACGGAGGAGUUGAAGGCCUUUGUCCAGUCAUUUCGACGUAUUCGCUCCAGGGUCAAUGAGGAAGCUGCGACGGCGUUCUCGCGCGAAGACGUGCGGGCAGUGACCACGCUCUCGGAAGACUGGAGCGAGGAGCACCCAGCUCUGCACGACUGUCGACGCAGCGCGGAUCAGCAGGCGCGCUUCGACACGCACAAAAUAUUGCAACCCAGACCCCGCAUCGGCGUGGACGAGCAGGGCCAUCCCUACAACGACUGGAGUGCUUGCCAACCCGAACCACGGCCACGCAAGCGGCUGCAGCGGGAACGAGUCGUAAUGAGCCAACUCUGGAUGCGAUUCGAUCACCUCGUCCCUGAAACCGACGUUCGCCUUCACCCAGCACCCAUUUGCCCGCGGCAACCCAGAAUCUUCGCCGACCAGCAUCAAGUCCGAUUCUCGGAUGUGCCACAGACAGUCCAUUAUGUACUGGAACGCUGGCACCGCACCUACGGACGAUGCUGCGAUUGCAUUGUCAGAGCGAUGCGGACCUUCCCCCCCUGGAUCAUGAAGACACACGAGGCAGACGAAUCUAUGGAUGGUAACCCCGUUUUUACAAAUAACUUGGACGACGAGUUGGUGGAAUGGGAUGAGACAAGAAGACGCUGGCGUCAUCUCGUGCUGGACCACUAUCGCUGGAUACCGGUUCAUGACUUGGAGGAGAGGACGAACGAUAGCACCGCUGAUCCGGAGAUCCUCAAUGGAACGACUGAUGUCCCUGUUCCUGAAGAUGACUGGGCUUGGACUCGUGUAGACUUGAGUACACUCCGCGGUGUCUAUUAG